GGGCCGGGGCGGGGCGGGGCGGCCGCGCCGGCCGGGUCGGGAUCGGCGGCCGUGAGGGGCGAUGGGGAACCUCUUCGGGAGGAAGCGGCGGAGCCGCGUCACCGAGCAGGACCGGGCCGUGCUGCAACUGAAGCAGCAGCGGGACAAGCUGAAGCAGUACCAGAAGCGGAUAAAUCUGAACCUGGAGAAGGAGCGAGCGCUGGCCAGGCAGCUGCUGAGGGAGGGCAAAAAAGAAAAAGCCAUGCUCUUGUUAAAGAAGAAGCGUUACCAAGAACAACUUCUAGAUAAAACAGAAAACCAAAUCAGCAACCUGGAGCGGAUGGUCCAGGAUAUUGAAUUCACCCAGAUUGAAAUGAAGGUCAUCGAGGGUCUGAAAAUAGGCAACGAAUGUCUAAACAAAAUGCACCAGGUUAUGUCAAUAGAAGAAGUAGAAAGAAUAAUAGGUGAGACCCAAGAUGCUGUGGAGUACCAGAGGCAAAUAGAUGAGAUACUGGCUGGCAGCUUGACUGAGGAAGAUGAAGAUGCCAUUCUAGAAGAACUAAACGCUAUUACUCAGGAACAGAUUGAGCUCCCGGAAGUUCCUUCUGAGCCACUCCCAGAAAAGAUCCCAGGCAAGGGUGUUGCUCCGCUCCGAGUUGCCAUCCUGGCUGCCUUGCAAUGCAGGCUUGCUCCACCAGAGAGAGCCUCGUCUUCAUCAGCACGGUGGUGUCUGUAGCAUCCUUGUGGAACGCUUUUUUUCUUCAAGGCUCCUUCAGCCCGUUGCUAGCCUGGUGUGGACUUGUUUAAUUUUACCCUAUUUACUUUGUAAUUCGUAGGAGUGAAUGCUGGACUCUCCCAAUAAGGUCUUGAGGGGACCUUUCCUGGGAGCACAGCUUUUGCUGCUAGCACUUUGCGUGAACCCUGUUAAAUAGGGUUGGCACACAUCGCCACGGCCGAGGAGGCAGAGAGCACCGCAGUCCGUAUGCUCCAGUUUUCUCUGUCAUGAGCAUCCUGGCAGCGAGAGGGACACGAGCCAACCACCCCCAGGGGAAGCUGUGGCGAGGCUGUGCCAGGUCCCGGUGACUGCUGGCGGGGAGCUGAGCGCCCGGUGCUGUCUGCGCUCUCGCUCCGUGCUUUCCUUGGGUGGAAGCUGGCCCGGAGAGGGAGUGGGUUAGUGCUGAAGGGGUUAAUGCAGCUCCUUGCAUUUGUUAAUACAGUGAAGAGGCCAUUUACUGAACUAACAGGAAAGUUUGGAGCAGAUUGCCAACAGCUUCCUCUUCUAGUCCCUGCACCAAACAGAUUGUACUGUGUCUCCUUGAGAGGAAGAGCCAGGAGUGGUGUGUGACCUCUGUGGUGUGCUGUAACAAUAAACUAUUUCUAAUAGUU